AUGACGGGUGCCGAGCGCCGCAAUCAUCCUGGCUCUCUUGGUGCUUUGCCAGCACGCUCGCCCCUUUCUCGCUCGCCCUCGCCCCACAAAAAAGCGCACGCCUCUGCAUCCAACGUCAUCACUCAAGCUAAUGUUUGCUCUAUUCUCGCACAGAGGACCAACCAGCAUCCUCACUUCGACACCCCCAUCUCCAAGCAGCCCGACUUUGUCCAAGCUUUCGGAGCCACACCUAACUAUGAGCUUCCGCCAGAUGGCCUAUUUGAAGCGUCACAACCCGACCCUGCUUCCUCCACUGCUGCGACUGCUGCGACUGCUGCUGCCUCCUCUUCUUCCUAUUGGCUCUCUGCCAACAACCGCCCUCGAUCCGUACCUCCCAGAAUAGCGCUCGAGUCCAGCAACACGCGCUCCACCAAUCCGAGACGCGCAGUGCCUCUCAUCGAUACCAGCGGACGACCUCAUUCACGAAGGGAAAGUCUCAUGGAGCAAGCUGAGAAGCGCCCCACCAGUCCUCACAUCACUUCGGCUACUCCCACCAGCGCACGUCAUCAUCUCCCCUUUUCCUUGCAGCAAUCGCAGAAGCAGUCCACCUCCCGCUCUGCGUCCUUCCACGAACAUGAUGUGCACCCCUCGCAUCAAGCACAUGGCCAAUCAGCGCAUCGAGUCGCCUCUCCCUCCUUGCUCAAUUCAGGCAUCGGUCGUGCUGCCGUCUCGGCUGCACAGUCCAUCAUGGACGCCAUGGCAGGCCGCUCUUCUCCUGUUACUCUUCGAUCAGCGCAUCCCUCCCAGGAUGGCAGAGACAGCCUCAGCGACGACGAAGCAGGCAAGGGUCAUGGACGCAAAGCUGCCGCUUCGGUUGCUGCUCGUUUCACUCCUUCCAUCUAUCAUCCGCGCCAUCCGGCACCGCAUCACCAUGCCGCCUCCUUGCACGACAAACAGCGACCCACUUCACCCCAUGCUAUCGGCGCCGACAUCGCUUGGCGUGCUAGUAUCUCCGAGUCGCGAAGAGCUACCCCUGCUGCCUAUCGACCGCAAUCCGCUUCGGCCAACAGGCGACGCAAUAGCGCUCUCAUCGAUCAGCAGCCCGCCGCCAUCGGCGAUGACAGCACCGACAUGCACCUCCCCAACAGCUACAAAUCCACCCACUCCUCCAUCACGAUAGGCUCGCCUAUUGUCAUUCCACAGGCACGUAGAGGCGCUGUCCGAUUACGUCCUAGCCGCAAACGUCGCAUCACACGUCAGGUCAAGCCGACGCGAACAUUUCGACAGACCAUCCUUAUAUCCAUCGCCACAUUGGCGCACUUUUUUCGUCUUCUUGCUUCACCCACAGAGGCCUUUCGUCGCUUCACAGAGUAUUGCAUCGAUACACGCAUUGCCAUCGACGAUGCUUUCAGGGAUCCUCAGACCGGCCUGCGCAGCUACUAUCCUCCCUGGUUGCAAGCGUACGUGCCGCUGCUCAUUUGGCUCGGCAUCAGUCUAAGCAGUACGGCGCUCGUCAUCACCUUCCACACCCAAGUCUUUGUCGGCCUCGAUCACAUGUCGACCUACUUGCAGGGCUUGGGGCUCUGGGGCAAAGUCAUGCUCGGCUCGCUCAUCUUUCUCACCACUUUUCCUCCAUUGCCGCUCUACUCGACGCUCAUCAUGCUUUGCGGUUUCACAUUCGGACUUUGGCAGGGCUUUAUCAUCAGCUACAUUGCUGCAUUGUCGGGCGCCAUUGUCGUGUUCACGCUCAGUCGAUCGCUUUUACGGGAGUGGAUGGUAGGGCUGCUCAACAAGAGUGGAGGCCUCAAGAAGGUGGUUCGUGCCAUCGAGAAGCAGCCUAAGCUACUCUUUCUGGUGCGACUUGCGCCGUACCCGUACAACUUGAUGAACACGCUGCUCGCCAGUUCGCCCACGUUGACGUUGCGCACUUAUGUGACUUGCACUGCACUCGCGCUGCCCAAACUGCUCAUCCACACUGGGCUCGGCACUUCGAUCAAAAACUUUGCAGCGUACAAUGGCGCAGGAGAAGCGCAGAGCAAGGAAGAUGCCCAGGCGUCGCAGACAGCGGAGCACGUCAAGAAAUGGGCGGGCUUGAUUGGCGCUGGACUCUGCUUUGGUAUCAUGAUCUAUCUUUUGUCUGUAGCCAGACGUGCGGUCGACGAGUUGGACGACGAAGGCGCGGACGGCUACUACGACGACGAUGUGCUGUACGACGAUCAAGAUGAAGAGCUGCUCUCCACCGAUGACGACGAUGAGCGUCAUGACGGCGACGAUUCGCUCGACCACGGACAAGGCGUCGACAUGCGCGAACGAGUCGGUCCGUCAACGCUGGGCUUCCGAAACGGAUAUGCACCCAUCACAUCGUCACCAGAGGAACGCUUCCGUCAGAGCAUGCGUCAUCCGCAAGCUGUGCCAGGUCCACUAGUGCUGCCUGGGUCGAGCUAUGAUCCGGCCGCCUCGGGGUCCGGCUCGUUCGAUGGCAGCGCCUCGGUGGGCAAUCGUUCGGUCGACCUCGUCGACAAGAUCGCCGAGAUGGAAGCACAUGCCGAGAACAUGCAGUUUGAAUCACCAUUGCAUCAGGGUUCAGAGCAGGAGCACGUGGCUGGGACAAUGAUGGCGAGUGCAAAGUGGUCGCACAUGGUUGCAGAUCUGGAAGAGAGUGUUAUUACCAAUGACACUGUCACCAACAAGGGCAGAAUCGUGUUCUUGGACCAGGACGGCACGGACGAAGCGGAUGAAUACCUUGAGUAG